AUGCCCGAGGUCCGAGAAGCACAGGAGGUGGAGGGGAGCUGCCCAGUUGGCUGUGGUUCAGCUACAGGUUGUGCCCAAGAUUACCCUGAGUCAGUUUUGCGUCAUCUGGAGCCAAAUGGCCCACUGUCCCCAUCCUCCAAGAGUCCCUGCUUCCUGAGGCCGCCUGGGGAGGAGGCAGGGAGUGGCCAGCUGCUGAGCCUGCUCCACACUGCCCCUGCAGAUACUGUGGCGCCUACACUGAGCCUGAGCGGCAGCGCAUCACUGGCCCCCAACCACGUGCAGGAGGUGUGCCUGCACCAGGUGGAGUCCAUCAGCGACCUACACAGCGGAGGCUCACUGCGCCCCUACCUGGCCGAGGAGGGACGGCCAUGGGAAGAACUGCUGGGGGUCUUGCCACCGUCACUGUGCGCCCAGGCUGGUUGUGGCCCUGUGCAUGGCCGUGGGGGCUUUCUGCUGCUGCUCACACUGCUGGUGCUCACCUGUCUGGCUCUUGCCGUCCUGGCCGUCUACCUGAGUGUGCUGCAGAGUGAAUCCCUGCGUGUCCUGGCGCACACAUUGCGGACACAAGAGGAGACGCUACUCAAACUCCGGCUUGCCAGCCUCAGCCAGCUUCGGAGGCUCAACCUGAGUGAGGCCCGAGCACCCAGCUGA